CGGAUCCGAAAAACUAUGUCUCAGGGCGCCAGAAUAGAAGCUUGAGCGCCCAGUGCGGGCUCCGCCGCCGGCAGCAACACGGGGCGGCCCCCAUGCCAUCGCCGCCUGCCUGCUCCGCACGGCUCGGAGCUGCCGUGGGGCUGUAGCCCAGAGAUGGAGGGAGGCUGCCUGGCCCUGAAAGACCUGAGCAGAACCUGGCCCGCAAGAACCGGCCUGGCUGAUGAAGACGGAGACAACGCCCAGAAAGAAAACAUAUGUGAUCAAUCAAGAAUCGCUCCAAAGACUCCCCUGAAAAAUGAGCCAAUUGAUUUAUCGAAGCAAAAAGGCUGCACUCCAGAAAAAAAUCCAAUUACACCGAUUAAGCCAGUUGACAGACCCCUAGCAGAUCCAUGGACCCCUACCUCUAACCUGAAGAUGCUGGUUAGUGCUGCUAGCCCUGACAUGAGGGACAGAGAAAAGAAGAAAGAACUCUUCAGACCAAUUGAAAAUAGUGAACAAAAUGAGGCUUUUUCUGAUUCCCUACAGUAUGAUACAGUUGAUGACAUCGCAGUGGAUGAAUUUGACAAGCAGAGACCAAGCAGAAAACAGAAAAGCUUAGGACUCUUGUGCCAAAAGUUUCUAGCUCGUUAUCCAAGUUACCCUUUGUCAACAGAAAAAACUACUAUCUCCUUGGACGAAGUGGCUUCAAGUCUUGGGGUUGAGCGGAGGCGUAUCUAUGACAUAGUAAACGUUCUGGAGUCCUUGCACCUCGUGAGCCGUGUGGCCAAGAAUCAAUACUGUUGGCAUGGGCAGCACAACCUGAGGCAAACUCUGAAAAGUCUUCAGGAAAUAGGCUUGCUGCAGAAGUAUGAAGAACUAAUGGCAUAUUUCCAGCAGAAAGAGCAAGACCUUGAGUAUAAAUUUGGAGAGCGCAAGAAGGAGAAUGUUUCAGAUUCUCAAGACAGACCAUUGCUUGACUUUUCGGAGGCAGACUGCCCCUCUGCAUCUGCAAACAGCAGAAAGGACAAGUCGUUGCGGAUUAUGAGCCAAAAGUUUGUCAUGCUGUUCCUUGUCUCCAAAACCAAGAUAGUCACUCUCGACGUUGCAGCAAAAAUACUGAUUGAAGAAAGCCAGGAUGCAGCGGAUCACAGCAAGUUUAAAACAAAGGUACGAAGAUUGUAUGAUAUUGCCAACGUUCUGACCAGCUUGGGGCUCAUAAAGAAAGUGCACGUCACAGAAGAGCGGGGUCGCAAACCAGCCUUCAAGUGGAUUGGGCCUGUGGAAUUCAGUGGAAAAAGUGAUGAGCCAAGAAUGGACAUUCCAACAUCAGCUGCUUUACCAGAAAUGAAGAGAGGAGUGUGUACCCAACAUAAAACUUGUGCUAAUGGGAAACAAAGACUCGCGCGGCAUGCUUCGUUUAAUACUAGCCAGCCUUCUGAAGGCAUCAAAAGGAAGGUCAGCUCUGAACCCAGCAGCCCACAUAGGGAGAGGCCAGCUUGUAUUGUGGGUUCAGAUGAAUAUUGCUCCAAAAUGAUAAAUUUAGCAGCUGUCUGUAGACAGAAAAUGGAAGAAGACACAAGGAAUAAAACUUGUGCCCCUGAAGGCAUCUUGAAUUUAGCAAGGAACCCAACCAUAAUCUCUCCCUUCUCUGUUCUUCUGGUUCCUAGGGACUCAGAUUAUUCCCUUAACUCUUUGCCUCACCGAGUGUUUCCUGUUGCUCAAUCAGACAUGUUGUACCUCUCUCUGCCAAAUGGAACAAAUGGCCAAGUGCUGCAGCCUGCCAUUUCAACAGUCUCCAAAACAGAGAAUGGAAAACCAGCUGUGCUCCCCAACCAGCCCUUUGUUUGCUUCCCUUCCUCGUCCCUGUUUAUGCUGUACGGCAAUCUACAGGAAAGUCUCUCAAGGGAGAACUUCCCUAUUUCAGGAGAAAAGGGUAACCGAAGCCCUGAGGAGCAGGCCUCACCCCUAAACCCACAAGCUGCUGUAAGUUCAGUUACCUGCCACAAGCGCAGCUCCCAGAAAUUAGCAUCGCCCUCUAUGCUUGUGAGCAGUGAAGAGCCAGCUGCCAAAAAGCCAGCUAUGGAGCAGAGUGAUGCCCCUAUCUCACUGGUACUACCCAAGAAGCCUUUUGAGUCAGCUGACAGGGAAUCUCUCCUGGAAGGCAGCUGUGCAUCUACACUGCACAUAGGAGCUUUUCAUCUUGACCUAGGAACUCCUGCAGAUGAUAAGUCUGCAGAAAAGGCUAUAGCUAAACCUUUAGAUUCUCUGGAGCAAGAAGAGCCAUUGAGGAAUAAAGACCUUCAAGAAAAAGAGCAAGAAAAUGGCAAACAGCCCUUUCUCCCACAGUAUCUCUAUCUUCAGCCUGCUGCUGGAUUAAGUGGUUUUAACUUCCUGUUUUCGGCAAACCAGCCUCACAGUGCAAUUGGUCUGUCUCCAAGCCAGUUACCUUCGCCUAGCGUUCCCUGUGUGGUAAUGCCAUCUACAGCCUUUGCACCCUUCCCUCUGAUCUGCUCUCCAGCAAUCACCAGUCCACUUUCCCCUGUUCCUCCUGGCUCUUUUCCAAAUGCCGCAUCCAUGAGUUUCACUAUGCCUGGCCUAGCAUCAACAGCACCCAUUUUCAUUGGCACCACAGCAAUGGUUACUCCAAAGACCUCCCAGUUACCUUCAGUGGAUCCACAGCAACUGGCUCAUUCUGCUGAUUUUGCUGUGCACCUGAGUCCUGUACUCAGAAGAUCCUGCAGCACUGCUGAACCGGACUCCCCAGUUUGUAUGGGUCACCCAGUCACUCUUCGUAAGCUACAGCAGCAAUCAUCAAUCCCCCUUACUCCUAAAAGCAUUCGUUCUACACAUAACGAGGCCUUUUUCAAAACACCUGGCAGCCUUGGAGACCCUGUGGCAUGGAAAAAAACUGAAGGCAACCAGACCAGAAAUUCCAGCUCUGUUCAGAGAAGACUAGAAAUUGGUAGUAAUGGCACUGACUAACUCAGCUUGCAGUUAAGUGUGGGCAGAUUGUAAUAGGACUUCAUGCUUGUUACAAAAGCUAUUGCAUGGCAAAUAGCUAUUACAGCUAUAACAUAACAAAAGAUGCAUGGUAAAAUGUUGUCCCUAUUGGCAUGCUUCCCUGCUAUGUGGUUGCCCACUAGGUCUGCUAACUUUCUUCCUCAUGAGCCAUCACCUACUGCUAAAAUACGUUUAUUAAUGGUUUAUUUAAACACCAGUUUGGAUUCAAACUUUGUGCUUGGCACAGCAAUGUGAGCAUUAAAUUACUGUUGUAAUUUUAAUUUAAAAAUAUGCUGUUAUUGCUGUGGGGAGAUGCAAACAGAGACCUACUGGAGUCUCAUGGCUUUAUAUUUUUUCAGGUGAGCUGUCUAGCACUUACGUAGGGUGAACAUUUUUUACAUGUAUUCUACUUACCCUGAGUAAAUCUGUGGUGGAAAGACAUAAUCUCCUGCAGUUGCAAAACCAGCUGCUUCCUUACUUCCAGUCUGUCAAGUUCUGCCUCAGCAAUGCAAAGUCUUGUUAUUUAUUCUGUACAUUAGAAUGGGAUUUAGUGCAAAAAGAUUUUUUGGUUUGUAUUUUCCAGUUUCAGAAGAACAGAUUUCCUCAGGGUAUGACUACUUGAAUGUCGAUUGGUUGUUGUACAAUUUGCCCAGCACUUGUUUUACAAAAGCCUAGUAAUUUAAUAAUACGAUAUGGUUGAAUGUAUACAUGUGAAAAAAGAUUAAGACCAAAAUAACUGUGAAUUUUAACAUUGUUGUUGUUGUGUUUAAUUAACUGUAUUAGUCCUUUUUUGUGUGUGUCCUUUUCUGAGCAGACAGUACAAGUGAAUGGACAUAAAGAACCCAAAAGCCAGUUCCUAAACAAAUCUGAUACAAUUGGGAAUGGUGAGCCUCUAAAAGGUGUGAGUGAACCUGUCAUCUCCCAUAACAUAUGCCUUGGACUCUAAAGACAAGUAAUAUGGGUGAGCAGUUACUCAUAUGGCCAGACUUGUGUCCAACGCAUAACUUCAUUUACAGCAGGCCUGUCCAACCUCUAAGAGGCCAAGAAUGCGUGCUUCAUGGCAUGCACCAGCAGGAGAGGCUUGGGAGGGGAGCCCAGAGCCCAUGGCUGCAGUCAGAGCCAUAGAAAUGUGAGGGAGUAGUGACUGGGUGAGAACCUAGGGGUGGCAACUUCAACUUCUUUUGGGCCUCAUGCCCCUAGCUGGAAAGCCCUGAUCUAUGGAAAAUCAGUAGCCAUUACUCAGUUUGCAACUGGUUAUUUUUAAUAUGGCUCAAGAUGGACAGGGUGGGAAAAGCCAUGACCAGUACACUUAGUACACAGGAAGAUCAUGAAAGGUAUUGCAUUUUGGCACAUACCUGGGUAAAUUUUGGAAAAAGGUUGUCAAAGACUGGGAGUCGUACAUUUUUCAUGGGGAAACAGUUGCUAUCCCUCAUGAGAAGGGAAGUAAGAAAAAUGGGGCAUGUCAUAUUUAGAAUUCUAAGUCCCCAGACAUUGGUCAGUGCUUGAGGAAAAUACAGAAUAAUGUAAUGGUUAGUACUGACUUUGGAUGUGUUUUCUCUAACAGAAUAGCCUGUAAUUACAAGUAUGCAUUCUCCUUUUAUUUAAUAUUGUCAUCAUGUUACUUUGGGUUUUUAGCAAAUGUAUAGAUAGCCAUAUCAGCUCUUUUUUCACGUGGUGAGAACUUUAUGGGCACCUAUACACAUGCCUGACUCCUGCUCCGACAUGUUCCAAUUAGAACAUGUCAGAGCACACUUGAUUAAUCGAGUCAGCUGGAGCAUGCUAAUUAGUGUGCUACAGCAGCCUCAGCAUUACAUGUACUCAGUGUCCCCGUGUUUCAAAAUGGCAGCAUGGGGCAUUGUAACUAAAGAUCAUUGAACAAACUUUAGUUAAAGUGCCCCCACUGCCAUUUUUAAGUGCAGGAUGCUGAAUACACCAGACACUGCAGGCAUUUUAAUUUGAGUGGCUGCCAAGAGAUGCUCUAAUUAAAAUGCCCUCUACCCCCACCCAUCCUGGAGCACAUAUAAAGACGCCCUAUAUGUUUACUGGUAUUUCUCUCUGAGAAUAGAUGUAUGGUCUGAUGUGCUAUUUCCCUGGUCUUGGGAGAAAAAGAUGCUUUUGUAUUUUUGUAAUGAAAUAUGUUAUAAAAAUGGAAUUUAAGAAUGAACUUUAGUGGAGGUGGAAGUUGGAGUGUGGUGGCCUUAUGUUAGAAGUAGGUAAAGUAACAGCCUUAUGAGGAAUUAUUAUCCCUCUUUUUAAAAAAAGAAACGUAUAGUAGAAUUUUAAUAGGAAACUUCAAAUGUGGGGAAUGGAACCCUUACCACUGCUAAAUUUUAAGUGUCUUUUUUUUUUUUUUUUUACACUACAAUUUGCAAGUUUACAGUGAUUGUAUCAGAAUCAUUUUUUCUUUAUACACCCACUCAUAAAUUGCUUUCCAAAGGGAAAUUAAGUCUCUAAUUAGUGGCAGCACAUGGUGAAGCUGCUGAUGCUGCUACUCUUCCUCUGCUAGUACAAAUCAGUAUGUGAGCUGGUCUGAAAUGGAACCAGAUUAGGUGAUGAGUGUAUUGUAGACUCUCCAUUUUCAUAAACCACAUGCAGCAUGUUAGUGGAAUGUCAGUUUAUAGAGGGGAGGAGGAAAAGAUCACCUAAAAUACUGAAACUUGUUUUGCUCCACAGCUAAAACAUCAUUGCACAAAUCACCUCACUUUGUCAGUCUGGGUAUCAUGUCUGUGGCUGGCCUCGCUGUACUUGAAAAUCCAGGGACUGAAAAUAAAUCUUCAGUUUCCAAUUUCCACUUCCACAUUUUGCCUUUCCCUUAAAGCCUACUGAGCCUGAUUCUGAUCUUGGGUACACUAAUGUAAAUCAGGAGUAACUCCACCACCAAAGCCUGUAGAGUUUGACCAGUACUAAUGAGAGUAAAAUCAGGCCAAUUUAGAAGUUACUGAGUAGGCAAAGGUUGACACUGUGUCUGAAGAACCAUCCCAUUUACAUCAAUGACCAAGCUCUAACUGAGGUAAAUGGAAGAAGGAAAUGGGGCCUGCUGCAUUUUAAACAACCUGUCAAACCAAUGUUGCUUGCAGUAUUUAAGCUGCUGAACUAGAUUUAGGGUACUUUGGAUAGACAAGGCGGAAAGGCAGCCUACACUUCUUAUCACAGUGUUCAUUAGACAGACAACCCUUGCUUAGGAACAGCAGGAUUUGUGUGUACGCUGAGGAAAGUGCACAUGCUCAAUGAUAUGCAGGGUUUGAGAAAAAUUUAUGUUCUAAUACAUGUUGGGAGGUGUGUGUAUAACCUAUAUACUUGAAUCUACCUACCACGUUUACAUUUCUCAAUUUCUUUGUAAAUGGUGCUAUUUCUAUAUUUAAAAAGCUCUAUUUUUAAUGUAAAGCUGCUUCCUGUUUGUAUCAUUGCACUGCUAGUUUUAUAUAGGUAUUAAUUUUAUUGCUGAGUGUAUAUGUUCUUCACUGGUUAGACGUGACUUUCUCCUUUCCUUCUAUGUAGCCAUGUUCAUUGUAGCUGCCUUCAUAUAAUUUUACUACAUGCUCACUGUUGUUGGGUUUAAUUUUUUAAAUACUAUCUUUUAGACAAACAUUAAACUUUUACAAAAAAAUAAUAAAACUGAAAAAAAAAUGCA